ACCAGGCGCUAACAGGCUACCUGCCUCUGGGUCCUGGAAAUAUUCUUAGCCGCGGUGCAUCUUGGGUCCUUCCUUUCCAGUCCCGUCUCUGAUCUGCAAACAUGGGAAAGUGUCGCGGUCUGCGUACAGCCAGGAAGCUGCGGAACCACCGUAGGGAGCAGAAGUGGCACGACAAGCAGUACAAAAAGGCUCACCUGGGCACUGCGCUCAAGGCCAACCCCUUCGGAGGAGCUUCCCACGCUAAGGGCAUCGUCCUGGAGAAAGUUGGUGUUGAGGCCAAGCAGCCUAACUCUGCCAUCAGGAAGUGUGUGAGGGUGCAGCUCAUCAAGAACGGCAAGAAGAUCACCGCCUUCGUCCCUAAUGACGGUUGUCUGAACUUCAUUGAGGAGAACGACGAGGUCCUGGUGGCCGGGUUCGGUCGUAAGGGCCACGCCGUGGGAGACAUCCCCGGUGUCCGCUUCAAGGUGGUGAAGGUGGCCAACGUCUCCUUGCUGGCUCUGUACAAGGGCAAGAAGGAGAGGCCUAGGUCUUAGACUGCUCACUGCUCAAUAAAUGCUUUUUCAGUCCA